UUGCAGCUAUAACAAUGGCUUUCAACUCCAGACUUCACUACAUCUGUAUGUUAACAAUCCUAAUCUGCCACUACGUAAAAGGAAAUUACCUUCCCACUGGUCAGGUGUUCCUGCUAGCGUUCCCCCGGACAACAAUGGACACAGUUCAGUACCACUUCUUCGUCUACACCAUGUCCAAGAAACAGAUCUCGGUUCACCUGUCCACAAAGAACUUUGACCCCAACAACGAACUGGACUACACGAUGACCGUGUCACGUGACAACCCUGGCUCCUACGUCGCCGACCACCGAUACAGUACUGAAGACUUCUCGACCACUGCGUUAGUCCGGGCCAGCCCAAGCCAGAUGGAGGCCCUACAGGCCGUGCCAGUAGAAGCUUGGGGCAAGAAGUAUAUGGCCAUCAGCUUCGAGUAA